CACCAGGCAGCAGUUUGUAGUUGAUUUAUUCUCUCUGAAACUCCUGAAACCUGCAUGACACUUGUACAAAGUGCGGCUGUGCGCAAAUGUUUUAUUCAAAACUUGUUUACAAAGACAAGCGCAGCACCCUGCGAUGCCUAAAAAAGCCAACCCAAAAUGACACAUUCCCAAGAGGUACUUAAAAUUCUUACAGCUCUAUUAACAACAAAAUCACAUGUAUUAGAGGUUCUGUUGACUAAACAAAGACACUUUAUAUUGUACAACUGACUACAGACGGGCUUUGAAAGCAGCUGUACGUGGGGCUCGCCGUGCGGCUGUCACAGUGCUGGUGAUGGUGAUGAGCACGGGGUCUUACCCACAGCCACAGGGAGGGCAGGGUUUGUCCUCAGUCCAUGGGGUAGCUCCCAUGGAGAAGUGAUUUUUCCCUACCAAGGUCCUCCGGGGCUGUGAUGGGCCAAAUGUGGGUCUGCAUCAUCGGUCCCUGCCUGGUGCCACAAAGCCACCUUCUUGCAUGCAUUGGCUGUGCUGAUAAGAGACCCAGGGGGUGCACCCCAAGUGAGACUGCCUAUGAGCAGGAAGGAAUAACUCCGAUUUAUUUUUCCCCUUCCAGACUGAGGAUCGGUGGCCCAGAUGAGUGUUUCAGCCGUGGGGGAGUAGAGAGGGGCUCUGAAGGACCAGGUGCAUGUUGGUGGCAAACAGAGCAGUUCUUUGCUCUGCUAUGGCCAUCUCCAUCCAGAGGGAUCUUCUCCCAGAACAGGUAACUCCCCUUGUGUCUUUUGGCACCCAAGUUCCGUAUUCUCAUAUUCAACAUGAAUAUAUUCAGCUCCAGGCUGAUGGAGAUAAAAAAGGAGUGGGUAAAUGUAUCCAUCUAGAGGGGCGGUUGGAUGGGACUAACAUUAAUAAGGCAGGAGAUUUCUGUUAAAUUAGAAAUCAGGCUUUCAGCCAAACCUUUUCAGAAGAAGCCUUAUAGGGAAUCAAACCCUGUCUGGAUCCAAUGGACAUGGGCAGACAUUGUGUCCCCCUGAGUCCCACUGCUGCAGGGACAGGGAGCCCUUGGCCACUCAAACAUCGCCGGCAGAGUGAGGACAACAGCCCCACAAAUCUCCCGUCGAUGGGGGCAGGCAGCUCCCAAGGCCGGAGGAAGCAGCGAGGGCUCUGAAUAACCCUAGUCAGCUGCCUUGUCACAGCCAGGACAUCACCAAAAGGCCAUGACCCAGCCUGGCACAUCCAGGAGGUGACACGAGUACACAGACAGCCCUGGGUUGGCUGGGCUCUGUGGGAUUAAUGCACCCAGCAUCCCUGGGGCUUCACCGAGGGCUCAUUCCUCAUGCAGCCCACUCUACACUCCACAGAUGCCCAUCUGACACUGCACCACAGCCUUGAAAUCCAUCCCAGGAUGCCCAGGCUCCUGGUUAGGGCUGUGACCUAACUGCUGCUGUUUUCACUGACGAUAAUUUCUUUGCCCUUUAUCUUACUCUUCCCAAGCUCCAAUGGGAUGUCCUUGCUCCUCUCCACCGUGCCAACACUGAUCCAGUGUUUGCUGUGGCCCCUUCAUCUGAGGAGGGAAACAGGAUAAAGUACGGUUGAGGUGUUGCUUUUUAAACUGCUCUGAAAUGAACAGUAAGCUGUUGAUGGUAUUUAUUAGGCAAAACGAGCAAUCCUCACCUGGAGUUGCCAGGCGGGUGGCAGAUGGAUUUGUUGGCGUUACUGUGGAAGGGCUCUUGGCAGGAGCUGCCACCCUGCAAUGCUCAGCCUCCCUUCUCCCAUUGAUCUCUGUCAUGGCGAAGGGGCCCUUGCGAAUUCGCCCUCUCGUGCUGCCUGGGCCGGCAGCCACUCGGAGCCCGCUUUGCCAACACAAACACAGCACACACAAACACUGCGGCCCCUCUCCAGGCCCGGCCAUCGCUCAGCACUGCCGGCUGGCAGCUCGCUCACUGCGCUGUGCCACCAGGAGCCCCUGCGGGUUGGUGGCUUCAGCUGCACCGGGGGAUGGGCGGCGGGAGCCUCUGCUUCACAGGUGGGGCCUCACAGGGCACCGGGGUGCUGAGGUCACGGGGAGCCCCGUCUGCCACAGCCCCACCAGCACCGCUCACAGACCUUCGGCGGCCCUGGUCACCUCACAGAUGCGAAUGUCACUGAGUGGAAAAGUGCUUUUAAAAAAACCUCUGUCUCAUCCAGAAAGGAGCAGUGUCGCAUUCUGCCUUAUUGCAUGUACAGGUAGCUCAGUAUCUCAGAGGGAGCCUCACUGCCAGGUCCAUCCAGAAGCGCAGUGGCCGAGCUCUUGUCUCACGUUGCUUCCAGACCCACAGCAAAAUAUGGAUGAUGACUCUGCAGCCUUGGCUUUAGUUUCCCCAGGGCCUGCAAAGGGCCACGUCUUCCCCUGUGAGUGCUGCACGGCCCCACUGACACCACUGGGACCUGCUUGGAGCCUGGGCCACAGGGGAUGCUCAGAGCAGGGCAUCUCACACCCGCCCUGGCCAUGGGGUGGCCAAGCGAGCAGGGAUUGCAGGCAUCGUGCGAUGCACCUCUGCACAUCACAGCAAAGGCUGUAUUGGACACAGAAAGCUCCAGAGGCAUAUUUGGGCUGAAGGGAUGCACUGGUGUGCCUGGAACCUAUUUGUGGGGCUAUCUGUAUGUGUAAUUAGCAAUGGAAGCAUAUUUUACAUUGCCACUAGUUAAGAUUUCUGCCAGUGUUCCCUGCGAUUACCCACAGGUGCUGGUUCUGGCUUCAGAAAUCAGCCACGUGAGCAGAUAACCACUCGCAGGGCAGGCGUGGGGCACAUUCAGAGCAGUGACUGCUCACCACAAUGAGCCACUGUGGGUGUGCGUCCUGCCCUGCCUGGCGUGCAGAUGCUCAGUGAGUAGAAGUUAAUGUAGUUAGACAAAAGGGAUCGGUUCGGGGGGAAAAAUCAAUAAUGUCAGGGAGUUUAUUAUAGGGUUAUGGGCCACCUGCUAGGACUCAGCAUUAGGCCUGCACUGCACUGGUUUUGGUGAGAGCUGAUGGCACUGCUCUCAGACGAGGCCGGUGCCAGAAUUAUUGUUUUAUGCCUCGGCAGAUGGCUUCUGCUCGGGGGUUUUAUCUUUGAGUGCAGACAUACGACUAAUCAUCAUUUGCUUUCUCUUUCUCUGCUAACGUAAGCCGGGCAGGAAGCAAUUGCCAGUUUGAUGGUGGUUCAUUAUUGCUAGGUUUAUUCUGUCUGAAACAGCACAGCAAGAGGCAAAGAAAGUACAAAGGAAGAGAAUCAACCCGUUAUCAGUGAGAUAUGCAGAAGGCUGGAUGCAGGAGCCUACUUUCCACUAACCUGUCUCUCUGUCUCUCCUUCAGAGGCAAUGCUCAGGUAUCCCAUAGAUAAUUCAGGGAGGCCAUGCAGCUGGCAUCUUUGGGUUGUAAAGACUGCAAAGGUCAAAUGUUGGGGAUGCAUUCAUCCUGCCUUACAUCAGGAUUGUUAGUCUGGAUAACAGCACCUAAGGACACUCUGGCAAAGGGAGCAAACAGAAACAUUGCCAGUCUUGCAGCACUGCUGUUCUCCGUACAUGAUAGAUGCGAUCCUCACUGGUGAACAGAUACCUUGGUUGUUGGUGGUUGUAGUGGACAUGCUGAGUCAGGGCCUGAAGCAGUGAUUGAGCACCUGGUGGGUAGACACGGCCAACCCAGGGGAGCUCAGGUGCAUGCAAUGAACCUGAUUGAUCAGCAGGGAUGGAGCCAGGAUCCACCCCUACCCAGCCCUCAUUUAACAGCUGGCAGGGGAGGUGGGGGCAUCUUGCUGGAGAUCUCUGUGUAUCUGAGGCUUUCCAAAGCACGAGGAGUCCACCUGCGGUGCAGCGGGACCUGAUGAGCCGCAGCACUCGCUGUUUGCUGGCAGGGCUGGAGAUAAGCAGCCCUGAUGUGACGGCACAGCAAUUGCAGCACCGGGUUAUUUCCUUCUCUGCUCCCUCCCCAUUGCCUUUGCCCUUCUCUCCACUGCUUUGAUGUAUCACAAACGUUGGAAGAUUUAGCAAACCUUAUGGAUUAGAGCCAGGAAGACAGCAAGAACAAAUUUAGAAUAGGAGGCAGAGAAUGUACCAGCUGAGAGGUGAUGCUGUCAAUCUCCAUGGAGACCUCUUUAGUUACAGCUCUGCUAAUUACUCUGUGGAAUUGAAUAGCGUCUGGUUGAAAGCCCAUCCAAGUCAAUGGAGAGUUUCUAAUUGAUGUGUAGCUUCAGCUGGCUGCACCUCAGCACUGUGAGGAGUGCAUAGGGCAAAGCUCCUGAGUGUGACUGGUUAUAACUCGCAUCUGUGGCUUCCUCUAUGAUGGUUAAAAUGCAACUGAAGGGGAAUCUGGGCCUUGCUCUGGUCUUCUGCAUGGGGCAGGAUCUCCUGAAAGAACCUACACGAGCCAUCAGGAGCUGAACUUGGAGCAGACCCACAGAAACAUCUUGGCUCCAAAUGCGCAGGCAGGACACUGAACAGGAGCCCCGUGUGCCCCUGAGAGGCCACUUCCAUGGCCCGGGAGAGCAAGGGAAGGGUCUCCACGCCUGGGCAGGGGAGGAAUGCAGCAGAAUGUCCAGAGAAAAGCCAGAGAUCCCCUCAGCUGCUUGGUUUUCUGGGUUGGAUGCCGCUCAGCUCAGAGGGGGCUUUGGGCCCAACCCCAGGGCAGAAGUUUGGAUCCAUGCACUACAGCUCAGGCUUGUCGCUGCUCCAAGCCAAACUGGCUUUAGCCACUAAUCCACUGAACAAUUUCCAGUUGUUAUCAAAAUCUACCAACUUCUUAACCACAAGUCCCUGAGCUGAUGUACCACCCCCCUCAGGUUCCAGUUCGGUUUGUUCAGAGGUGAUUUGUUUGCCAUGCAGAUAGGAACAAUGUCAAACUAACAACUGGAAAAAUAAAUAAUCUGCAUAACUUUUGAAGGGAGUGGUCAGGCUGAGCAGAUUGAGCAAAAAUGAAGGGAAGAGGAGAACAUGCUGGAAAAAUAUGAGAGCUGCCCUCGCUCCCAGCACUUUGUACCACCAUCUGUGCAUCAAUUCCUGCUUGGCAACUCGGCCGGAGGAGCUGUGAGGUUAGGGCAGAAGAAAGGCACUGAGCUAACUUAGCCCAGCGUGAGUACUGGGCUUGGCUUUGAAUUCAUUUCACCUUCAUUCCCUACCAGCCCUGCCGUCUGCCUGCCCCUUUGUGCUCUAUGGCUUUGUAGCUGUGUGUGCAGUUGCACUUUAAGUGUGGUGGGUACAUUUUUGGGUUAUCCCUACAUUUUCCAAUACCCUGCUGCCAGUACAGGGCUGGUGAAAAUCCUCAGAGUUGUUUUUUGGGUGGGGAAUGGGUGUUUUAAAUGCAGUAAUACAGCUGUAUCUAUGCUCAUUGAUGAACUGGGGGUUAAAUCUUUAAAACAGUGCUUAAUAAUAACUUUAAAUGGCUGAGAGGUUGGGUCAAAGAGUUGGGGAAUUAAACCUGAAAUGCAGAAGGAGCGAAAGACUUCACAAGCCUUAAAAUAAGAAAAAAGGAGCUCAAAUUUAAUGCGUGGCUGGUGGUAUCACCAAAAAAGGAGAAAAGAAUCCUUGCAGAAGCUCGGUCCCAGCCAGCAGUGUGCAAAAAGGCAGCUAUUACAAAUUAGCCAAUUAAAUGCAGCAUACUUCUGAGGACAAAGGGUGGCCCAAAGAUGUGGAUGGGUUCCUCAUGGCUGCUGUGAGCCGCAAGCUGUCGAAGUGCCUCACAUCUCAGCUCUGCUUGGCACUGCUAUGUGUUCCACUGAUACCCAAAGGGAGCUGAAUACAGGUGGUGAGCACCUGCGAGUCCCAACGGAAACCAAAUAUCACUGCCUUGGGCUCCUGCUGUGGCUCAGAGCAGGGGCUCGGCUUGCUGCUGAUGAAGGCCAAGGGUGUUUCAGAGGGAUAUUCAGGAAGCCAACUGAGUGGUGUCUUUUGGGCAGCGGAGCCACCAGCACACAGUGCGGAUCCCAGCUGUGCCCCCAGUGAUGGCAAACAGCUGCUGCUGUGCAACGUGGUCACACAGGCCCUGCUGCUCAGUGUGCAGAAAUCACACGCGGGUUGGGAUGGUGGGCUGCCGGCUGAGAGGGGAAAGGAGGGAGGAAAGGGGGAGUUCUCGGCCUUGCUCGGUUGUGAUGCAUGUGUGCUAGUGGCAAUAAGUGGGGAAAGGGCGAGGCUGGGCCGAGGCUCGGAGCAGGAAGGGCAAAGGCGGCA